AUUGGUGGCACCACUCUCCAUGCCUUUGCAGGGAUCGGCUCUGGGAAAGCACCGCUGGAACAGUGCAUUCAGUUGGCGGAGAGGCCUGGGGUGCGCCAGCACUGGCUGGCCUGCCAGCACUUAAUUAUCGAUGAGAUCUCCAUGGUGGACGGCAAGUUCUUUGACAAGCUGGAGGCAGUGGCAAGGGCAGUCAGAAAACGGGAUGAGCCUUUUGGAGGAAUUCAGCUAAUCAUCUGUGGGGACUUCUUGCAGCUACCCCCAGUCUGCAAGCUUAAUGAAGAAACCAAGUUCUGCUUCCAGGCAAAAAGCUGGAGGAAAUGCAUCCACAUAAACAUGGAGCUGACUGAAGUGCGGAGACAGACCGACAAGACCUUUGUCUCGCUCCUGAGUGCAGUCCGUUUGGGCAGGUGCACAGAGGAGGUUACCAGACUGCUAAUGCAGACUGCUACUAACAGGUCUGAGCGUGAUGGGAUCCUGGCUACACGGCUCUGCACCCAUAAAGAUGAUGUAGAAAUAACUAAUGAGAGACGCUUGCAACAGCUAUCAGGAGAAGUCCACACUUUUGAGGCUUUGGACAGUGACCCAAUGCUAGUGAAGUUAAUUGAUGCUCAGUGUCCUGUGGGUGGUAGAGUUGAGCUAAAGCUUGGAGCUCAGGUGAUGCUAGCUAAGAAUCUGGAUGUGUCUCAAGGGCUGGUGAACGGGGCACGAGGAGUUGUUGUAGGAUUUGAAAGUGAAGAGAAGGGGCUGCCUAAGGUUAGAUUUCUCUGUGGGGUCACACAGGUCAUCAAAAUGGAGAAAUGGGUCUUCAAAGGACCAUCAGGAGUUCAUCUGAGUCGUCAACAGUUGCCUUUAAAAUUGGCAUGGGCCAUUUCCAUUCACAAGAGUCAGGGCAUGUCUUUAGACUGUGUGGAAAUCUCCCUGUCUCGUGUCUUUGAAAGUGGACAGGCUUAUGUAGCCCUUUCCCGAGCCCGUAGCCUUGCAGGUCUCCGUGUUCUGGAUUUUGACCCAAAAGUAGUGAGAGCUGAUCCUUCUGUGUUGCAGUUCUAUAGACAGCUGAGGCGUCAUCAACUUCUAACCCAGGUAAAGAAAAAUGCUGUGGUAGCAAAGACUGCUUUGUGCAACCAGGGACUGAAGGGUAAGAGGGAAAUGCGGCUGAGAAUGCUCUUCUGGCCUCUGUGAGGCAUCAGCACAGACUGCUGAGUUGCAGCAAUCUUGCUAUUGAGCAAAUUUGAUAACACUGCAGUCAAAGGAAUUUCUUAUUAACGUUUGCUUCGUUCAGCUGACUCUGGAUGUGUAGAAGUCUUCCCACCUUGUGCCUCUGAAACUUGGAAGGCUUCUGUAGCCCUCUUCUGGGCCUCCAGUCUUGAGCACUUCUGUGUCACAGAUGCAACUCUAGCAAAUAAGAUCACUGAACAAAGACAUGCCUGAGGGACCUUCCUACAGUUCUAUCCUGUCUGCCUGGUUGCAUUUUAUUCUCCACGUAUGUAGACUGAAACUUGUGUGCUUUUCUUCAAGUAUACUGUGGUUGAGACACAGAAG